AUGGCACUCACCCGCCGCCCCCCCGGCACUGCCCUGGGCCCUCUCCUGCUGUCCGUGCUGCUGAGUGGGCCCGGGGAGGCACCUUGGGGUGGUUGGCAGCGGGGUGGUGUGGGGCCUGGAGACGGGCUCUCACGGCCGCCGGCCUCUCUCUCCCAGCUGGACCGGCCAGCCAACCUCAAUGCCCAGGUGGCAGUGGCCCCACUCCCCCAGCAAGGCCAGCUGCUGCCCCACGGUACCCAGUGCCUGGCCAUGGGCUGGGGGCGCCUGGGCACCAGCGCGCCAAUUCCUCGAGUCCUGCAGGAGCUGAAUGUCACCGUCGUCACCUUCCUGUGCCGGCCGGAGAACGUGUGCACGUUCGUCUCCCGCCGCAGAGCCGGCAUCUGCUUCGUACGUACCGCCGGGCCCGGCACCCCCACCCCGGUGGAUGGCCGGAAGGGCUCCCCUGAGGACCCAGGGCAGCAUGAGAGCCGCGGGGGCCCGAGGGGGCGCCUGGGGGAAGAAGGCGACUUCAUGCGCUCUGAUCACAACCCUGAAUUCCCCAGAAGCCCAGGUGCCCCCAGCCCGCACCCCCUGCCCCAGGCAAUCACCCAGGAGCUCCGGGGGCUGGUUAAUGGUUAA